CCUCUAAACCAUCUCUUCUUCCAGCAAUGGCAAGCACGCCCACUUUCGUGCUGUUCCCUCUCCUUCUUGUUCUUCCAUUCUUGGCCUCUCUAGGUUUCGCGGGUGCCGACACUGCCUCGACCAGCCUCGUCUCAACCGGGACGAUAUGCACGUACACUCCUUACCCUUCCAUUUGCCGGUCCAACCUGCCAAGCAAUGACACCGGCGACAUCUACUAUUAUGGCCGUGCCUCCGUGCGCAAGUCCCUGUCGCAGGCCCAAAAGUUCCUCAGCCUGGUUGACAGGUACCUAGCCCGGCAGGCCUCCCUCACCAUUUCUGCCGUCCGCGCCCUUGAGGACUGCCGCUUCCUCGCCUCGCUCAACCUCGACUUCCUCCUCAAUUCCUUCCAGGCCGUAAACGCAACGAGCUCAGCCCUCCCGAUUCUCAAGGCCGACGACGUUCAAACCAUACUUAGUGCUAUUUUGACUAAUCAGAUGACGUGCCUCGAUGGCCUCCAGUCGACUGCCUCUGCGUGGAGCGUGAAGAAUGGCCUCUCCGUGCCGCUUGCCAAUGACACGAAGCUGUACAGCGUCUCGCUUGCUCUCUUCACGAGGGGCUGGGUCCCGAAAAAGAAGAAGGGCAAUGGCGGUGCUCGUGCAUGGCAGCCAAAGAGCCGGCAACUGCCGUUCCAGAAUGGCCGUAUGUCGUUCACGAUGUCAAGUCGAGCACGUGGAAUUUACGAAUCGGUGACAAGGAGGACGCUCCUCCAGUCCAGCGUGGGCGAUUCAGUCUCGGUCAGCGACAUCGUGGUGGUGAGCCAAGACGGGACCGGGAACUUCACAACCAUCAACGACGCGGUCGCGGCAGCUCCGAACAACACUGACGGCACAGGCGGAUACUUCUUGAUAUAUGUGACCGCCGGUGUUUAUGAGGAGUAUGUGUCCAUUGCCAAGAACAAGAAGUAUCUCAUGAUGAUAGGAGACGGCAUCAACCAAACGGUGAUCACCGGCAAUCGGAGUGUAGUUGAUGGGUGGACCACGUUCAACUCCGCAACAUUCGCUGUCGUGGCACCGAAUUUCGUGGCGGUAAACAUGACCUUUCGGAACACGGCUGGUCCGGCGAAGCACCAGGCCGUGGCUGUUCGAAGUGGAGCUGAUUUGUCGGUGUUCUAUAGCUGCAGCUUUGAGGCGUAUCAAGACACUCUCUAUACGCACUCUCUAAGGCAGUUUUAUCGGGAGUGCGAUGUCUAUGGUACGGUUGACUUCAUCUUUGGCAAUGCAGCUGUCGUCUUUCAGAAUUGCAACCUCUACCCCCGCCUCCCGAUGAGCGGCCAAUCAAACAUGAUCACCGCCCAAGGCCGAACGGACGUGAACCAGAACACGGGUACAUCCAUUCAAAACUGCACCAUCAGGGCAGCCGACGACCUUGCCUCGAGCAAUACCUCUGUGCAGACAUAUCUAGGGAGGCCGUGGAAGCUGUACUCAAGGACAGUGUACAUGCAAAGCUUCAUGGGUAGCCUGAUAAAUCCCGCCGGGUGGCAAAUUUGGGACGGGGAUUUCGCAUUGAGCACUCUGUACUACGCGGAGUAUGACAAUACCGGGCCCGGAUCGAACACCACAAACCGGGUCACGUGGCCCGGGUACCACGUGAUCAACGCCACGGACGCGGCGAACUUCACGGUGUCGAGCUUCUUGGUUGGGGACGACUGGUUACCUCAAACGGGCGUAUCUUACACAAGCGGGUUGAUAUAACAGCCCCGCUCCAAAAUAGAGGUUAAAUGAAUCUAUAUUGAAAGGAAAGGACAGUGAAAAAGGACUCUCUCCUAAGUGGAGAUGACAAGUUAGCUUCAUUUUUUUUCUUUCAUUCUUGUUAUUUGUUUUCAAUGUGCAAUAAAGGAAUCUCGUUGAAUAUGGA